AUGGCGAAGAAGAAGCGAAGGCCACUGCGAGACCAAGACCCAAAGCUCGCAAGAGAGCAAUCACCAAAAUCAUCGCGAGAAAUCACUAUCCUUCGGCCUGCGCACAUAGCUCGAAGCAAGCGGCCAGUAUUGAGGAUCAGUGAGACGCUAUCAUUCGAGCACAGCAUCACGACACUCGGCGACCGUUUCAAUGCCUUGCCGGCGGAACUUCGAGCUCACAUCUUCUCCUUGCUGCUGGCCCGACCAGUGAAAUGGGAUGUUGAGCACCAGCCACAGUGUCCAAGACGCCAGUCAGACUAUGACAUUACGCCCACUAUGGGGAACAGCAACCAAUGCUCUGCUGCUGCAUCUCAAGUCGAGUGGCGGAAAGGCAACUGCAACAUGUUUCAGUCUCCGUGGCGAAGCCAAUGGGCCGAAGAGCCGCAGCAUCCCUAUGUAUGCUCAAUAUGCUACGACCAUCGUCUUCGUACUGGGCCCACUCCAACACCUAGGACCUUACCAUGUCUAUGUGCUCGACGGCCGGAGCUUCAACUCCUUCUCGUAUGCAAGAAAUGGUAUCAAGAAGCAGGCACAGUACUGUACACGCAAAACACAUGGGCUUUCGAACCUGGACCCGGAUUGGCGCAAGAUGAUUUCCAAACACUAUCACAUCUGGAGCUCGAUGCGCUUUUCUUGGCUUCUGCUAGAACAGUCAAGCGCAUGCUCAGGCUUGGUCUACGCAACCUCAAGCAAGUGAAGUUCGUUCGAAGGAUGGAGGAUGUGGACAAUGCAUGGAAGUCCGGAACUCCAUCUGUCUGGCCAGCAUUCUCUGGGAGAAAGCUGAUCGUGGGAGGCUUUGCUGAAGAGGUCGCUCGUGGGAUCAAGGGACAGAGGCAACUGAGACUCAAGAAGUUCCGCGCUAUCAAGAACUCUGUCGACGAAAUGCAAUUUGAGUUCAUCAAGCCUCGGGAGGAAUAA